AAAUAUAUUGAACAAUUUGCUUAUAAUGGUACUUUAAAAAUAUUACUUGAUAUAAAAAUGAAUAUAGCAUCAAUUGAUCUUCAGCAUAACUUAUUUAAUAAGCAUCCAAAUAAAGUUAAUAAAUCUGAUGAAAUUAGAGCUAAAAUCAAAAAUAAUAUUCAUUAA